AUGUAUCCCCUCCGUUCAGUCACGGCAUUGCGCUCAAAACAGCGAGCCGUGCAAUUGACCCAAUUACAAGCUCGAUACUUCCACCCGACAAAACCAACACAAUCCGUGAUCGAAACCGUACUCGAUGGCUCUACCGCGGUCAUUCAAGGCAUCCACACAGCUUCCUGCCUACCAUGGGUAGCCGCUAUCCCACUCACAGCCUUGCUUGUUCGAGCAUCCAUUGGCUUCCCCCUGCAAUUCUACAGUCGACUGCGCGCACAAGAAGAAAAACGACUACAACCACUUCUAUCAUCCUGGGGGGCUGUUGCGACUGAGAACGCGCAUAGGAAAGCAACCGGUGAACCGGAGCGUAAAAAGCAAAUUGCGGAUAUGCUAAGGCGAGAAACGAAACGCAUUCACAAGGCAUGGGGUAUCUCGACCGCAUACCGCCCACUUAUGAUAUUGCAAAUACCAGUCUUCAUUACAGUCAUGGAGAGUCUGCGCAGCAUGAGCGGUAACAACCAGGGUAUUUUUGCAUGGCUGAAAACAGUUGGCCAGUCAGAAGAGAAUAUUUCUGCUGCUGCUGCCACUGCAACCUCACGGCUCGAGCCUUCUUUCAUGAGUGAGGGCGCACUCUGGUUCCCAGAUCUGUUGGCUGGUGAUCAGACGGGCAUUCUGCCAGUUCUUCUUACUUUCUCAAUUUUGGGAAAUGUGGCAUCUGGAUGGAAAACAAAGCCUUUCAAGGAACUUUCAGAACUUCCUAAGUUGCUGAUGUACAAGGAAGUCACCUUCCGUGGUUUGCGAUUAUUUGUCCAGGCUCUGUCAUGCCAAGUUGGAUUGAUGGCUUUCGCUAAUCAGCUGCCUGUUGCGCUGCUGCUUUAUUGGAUCACCAGUACCAAUAUUGCUACUUUGCAGACCUUGAUCCUGGAUAAAAUAGUGUUUGCUCCGAAGAUGGCCCGAAAGCCCUUCCUGAGGAAAUAUGUCGCCUUCGAGAAGCCAGGCACUGAUGAUCCUUUCCAGCUCAAAAAUCUGCGUUGA